AUGACUUCUGCACCCACAGCACAGCCCAAGUUCCUGCCUAGCCGGAAUGAGCUGGGUAUCGUCGCAGUUGGUUUCAGCGGCGGCCAGCCCAAAGCCGGUGUCGAUGCCGCCCCCAUGGCGCUCAUCGAAAACGGCCUCAUCAAGCAGCUGCAAGAAGACCUAGAGUACAACGUCAGCUACGAUGGCCAAGUGCACAACUACUCUGAGCUGCAGCCCGCAGACGACCCCGACUACCGCGGCAUGAAGCGCCCCAAGUUUGCCAGCGCCGUGACGCGCGAAGUCAGCGACCAAGUGUACAAGCACGCCAAAGACGGCAAGCUCGUCUUGACGCUGGGCGGCGACCACUCGAUUGCCAUUGGCACCAUUUCCGGCACGGCAAAGGCCGUCCGCGAGAGGCUGGGCCGCGACAUUGCCGUCAUCUGGGUCGAUGCGCAUGCCGACAUCAACACGCCUGAGACGUCGGAAAGCGGCAACAUCCACGGCAUGCCCGUUGCUUUUCUGACGGGCCUUGCGACCGAGGACCGCGACGACAUCUUCGGCUGGAUCAAAGAGGAGCACCGCCUCAGCACCAAGAAACUGGUCUACAUUGGCCUGCGGGACAUUGACCGCGGCGAGAAGAAGAUUCUGAAAGAGCAUGGUAUCAAGGCUUUCUCCAUGCACGACAUUGACAGACACGGCAUUGGCAAAGUCAUGGACAUGGCUCUGGGCUGGAUCGGAAGCGACACGCCCAUUCACCUCUCGUUCGACGUCGAUGCCCUCGACCCCAUGUGGGCCCCUAGCACCGGCACGCCUGUCCGCGGUGGUCUGACGCUGCGAGAGGGCGACUUCAUCGCCGAGUGUGUUGCCGAGACGGGCUCGCUCAUUGCCUUGGAUCUCGUCGAAGUCAAUCCUGCCUUGGAUGCCGAGGGUGCAGGCGAUACCGUCCGCGCUGGUGUUUCGAUUGUCCGUUGCGCCCUUGGUGACACCCUUUUGUAA